AUGGCCCCUCAAUUGGAUGGUUACUUUAAGCAGGUAGAUACGCUGUCUGAUCACUUCAUUGAGCGACUGAGGAAGGCGGUUGCUAUUCCUUCUAUCUCUGCAGAUGAAGAAAGAAGACCAGAUGUUGUUCGUAUGGGGCAGUUCCUAGCAGAUGAACUCACUGCUUUAGGUGCAGAAGUCGAACAAAGACCACUAGGCAAGCAACCAGGAAAGGAGCACCUCGAGCUUCCUCCCGUGGUGGUUGCACGAUACGGAAACGACAAGAAGAAGCGAACAAUUCUGGUAUAUGGCCACUAUGAUGUACAACCGGCAGGAAAGGAGGACGGUUGGGCAACCGAACCAUUCGAGCUCACAGUCGAUUCCAAGGGACGAAUGUAUGGUCGAGGAAGCACCGAUGACAAGGGACCAGUUCUGGGAUGGUUGAACGCAAUCGAAGCUCACCAAAAGGCCGGUGUUGAUUUCCCCGUCAACCUGCUUAUGUGCUUUGAGGGUAUGGAGGAAUAUGGAUCAGAGGGUCUGGAUGACUUCAUCAAUGCAGAAGCUAAGAAAUACUUUGUUGAUGCGGAUGCUGUCUGUAUCUCGGAUAACUACUGGCUUGGAACUGAGAAACCUUGCCUGACUUAUGGUCUUCGUGGCUGCAGUUAUUACUCGGUUGAGAUCUCUGGUCCAGGUCAAGAUCUCCACAGUGGUGUGUUUGGUGGAACAGCUCAAGAGCCUAUGACUGAUCUCAUGCGUGUUCUUGCCAGCCUCGUGGAUACUGAUGGCAAGAUUCAGAUUCCAGGGCUUGCUGAAUUGGUUGCUCCUCUUACAGAUGACGAAAAAUCUCUGUAUGGUGACAUUGCUUUCACUAUGGACAACCUCUACGAGUCGCUUGGCAGCCAAACUUCCAUCUAUCCUGACAAGGAGAAGACAUUGAUGGCACGAUGGAGAUACCCAUCCCUGUCGGUCCACGGUGUCGAAGGUGCUUUCUCACAACCAGGUGCCAAGACUGUCAUUCCAGCCAAGGUCAUUGGAAAGUUCUCCAUCCGAACAGUUCCCAACAUGGAGCCGGAGGAUGUCGACAAGUUAGUCUACAAGUACGUUGGGGAGCAAUUCAAGAAGUUGAACAGCAAGAACAAGAUGACUUGCACGCUGCAGCACUCUGGAAAGUGGUGGGUUGCUAGCCCAAAGCACUGGAACUUUACUGCUGCUGCAAAGGCUACUGAAAGAGUUUGGGGUGUCAAGCCUGAUCUGACCAGAGAAGGUGGAAGUAUUCCUGUUACCUUGACAUUCGAGCAAGCAACCGGCAAGAAUGUCCUUCUCCUUCCCAUGGGUAGCUCUACCGACGCCGCCCACUCUAUCAACGAAAAACUGGAUAAGAAGAACUACAUCGAGGGCAUCAAGCUACUGGGAGCAUAUCUGCACUAUGUCGCAGAAGAACCAAUGACUAAUUAG